AUGCUCACAGAGAAGGAGAGAUGGCUACUUCCAGGAAUGGGAAAGGGAGGAGAUAAGCAAAAGAACUUUUGCAGUAAGAGUCAUGGUCCACAGGCCACACAUCUCCCUGCACCUCAACUUCAGACCCAAACACCCAAGCCUCACACUUUCAGGAAUAAAUCCUACUCUUCCGCCCAAAGCGGAUCGACCCGGCUCGAUCUCCCAACCAGACCCGCGUGGCCCCUGCGGCUGCAACUGGUAACACUUGACGGCCGUCCGCACUUCCUCCUUUGUCUUUCCCUUAUUUCUUACGUUUCUCCCUUGCUCCUUUGUCUUUCCCUCAUUUCUUACGUUUCCCCGCUGCUCACUCUUCCCUCCUUACCCUAUCGGGGCCGCAGACCCACGGGGCCACGUUCACUCCUGCCCCUCGGCCUUGGCAAGCGCGGGCCCGUUGUCGCGCAGAGCCGUGGGUCCUGGGGGAUCCUGGAUUGGCCCAGCCACACCUUGCGCCGCAGCCGUUUCUGCUGGACACCAGGAGAAAACUACGGAAGCGGUAGCCACCAGCUUCCCCUACCUUGCCCAGGGGCUCGGAUCCCACUCCCCAGUCACCGCCAGACCGGAAGCAGGAAGGCGGAAGUCGCGGCCUUUGCGUCCCGCCCACAGACGACCCGAACCUCCAGCCGGGCGUUAGGAAGUCUAGGUGCUGGUUUCCGGCUGCGCCAUUGCUGUGCUUGAACUUGAGACUGCCACGUCCUGCGGGGACCAAGUGGUGGGCGAGGAGGCGUGGAGCGGCCUCAGGACUCAAGGAGAGGUUCCGAAGCAGCUGGGAACUUUUGCCUUUGCCUCCCGAGGUCGAUCGGAAGACAACCUCCAUCCCCUGCUGUAGCCGGACAGUUGGAGGGUCCUGGGUGGGUGAGGUGUUUAGCUGAGAGAAACUCAGACCAAAGAGCAGCGGCAAGAAAGCAUUUGGGUUCCCACAAAGCGCCCGAAGUCAAGGUAAGGGUCACACAACGACCCUUGACGAUUCCGACGAGUUCAUCCUGGUUCACAUCCCACUCCACACCUCUCUCUUCUGGUUGGGCAAUAGUUACAUCCUUACGUAAAGGAGGCAAGCUGCGGGGCCUUGGUGGAUCCACUCAACCUUGUUACCAAGGGACAUGCCGCCAUGCUAUGUGAAAAGGGGGGUUUUGUUGUUUGUUUUUAAUUUAAGUACCCAAUUCGUUUCACGAAAGAAUGAUCAAUACCUACCCAGAGUAAACUUGAUAAGUAAUUAAACUGUCAGGGCAUAGAGUUCCCAUAGAGGUGCUUGUUCUUUCAAUACACAAAUAAAAGGAUGCAAAAGUCAA